AUGAUCUACGCCAGUAUCAUGGUUUUCCUCGGACAGUUCACAAGUGUCAACGCAGUGAUGUACUACAUGUCGAAGUUGAUGCAGGCAAUUGGCUUCGGUGACAAGGACGCCGUUUUCAUGUCUCCAGUCGGCGGUGGAGCGCUGCUGAUCGGCGCCAUCCCGGCCGUGCUGUACAUGGAGCGAUUCGGUCGUCGGUACUGGGCGAACGCAAUGCUUCCGGGUUUCUUUAUUGGUCUUGUGCUCGUCGGUGUUGGCUACACUAUCGAUGCUGAUAAACACCCUUCUGCGGCGCAGGGGGUUUACCUCACCGGUAUUGUGCUGUACAUGGGAUUCUUCGGCUCGUACGCUUGCUUGACGUGGGUCGUGCCUUCCGAGGUCUUCCCACGUACCUGCCGGAUUGGUUUGACGCUUGGAUUCUACGGUGGUAUUGCCGUCCUCGGUUGGGUUUACCAGAUUAUCUUCAUGCCGGAGACUAAGAACAAAUCCCUUGAGGAGAUUAAUGAGAUUUUCUCGCUUCGUACUGCUGUUAUUGCUAAGCGGAACUUGAAGCAGACUGCGCAGGUUAUCCGGGACUUGUCGCGCUUCCGUCUUAAGAAGGUGUUUUCUCCUGAACCAUACAACUAG